AUGCUCAUCUCCAAGCUCACUUUGAUCGUCGCUCUCGGCCUCACAGCCGCCGCCUACCCAGCCGGCAGGCCCGACGACAGCGAACACUCCGCUUCGAUGCCCCAUAACUCUGGCGACAAUCAGAAAUACGAUGGCCAGAACCCUGGACAGUAUGGCUCCCCAUACCAGCCUUCUCAAACAAAGCCAUCGUACGGUCAACCAUCAGACCACGCCUGCAAGCGCCAUGGUUCGUGUCAUCAUGAUUCGAAGCCUCACGGCCCGAAGUCUCACAGAGCCCGCCCUUCUGGGCCACCGUCCAAGCCAGAUCGCACAAAGCCUUCAUACGGUGAACACUCUGGAACGCCGAUGGAGCCUGACCAGAAUAGGCCUUCCGACAACGAGCACUCUGGCUCACCGACGAAGCCUGACCACACGAAGCCCGACCACACGAAGCCCGACCACACGAAGCCCGACAAGGACCGUCCUUCCGGCUCGCCAUCUGGGCCUGACAGUGCGACACCUACAAACAAACCUACGGACGCUGCGACUCCAGUGCCAGCUAAACCAGAAGAGCCGGGAAAGCCGAGUGUUCCUACUCCUGCUGCUCCGUUGAAGCCUAAGACAUCUGCCGAACCAGCUUACUGA